AUGUUUUCUCGACAAUGGAGCAAGCAAGUCGAUGUCAGAGCAUUCCUUGUUUUCCAACGUAUCCAGCGUUCCUACAACACUUUCGUGGUGCUUUCGGUACUUGUCAGCGGGCUUGCUGUUUCCGCCUUGACCUUCUCCGAAUUUCAUCCACCAAACAGCGGAUUGUUACAGGCUUCUGAAGGCCUUUUGUGCAGCUCGGCCAUUACAGCUGUAAUCUCUGCUGUUGUCGCCACUAUGCUGGGUUUUCAAUUCGAGGGGCUGGAGAUGGCGACCCGAAGGGAUUUGACUGUUGCCUGGGUGCCCUUGGUACUCCUGGACCUUUCGAUCCUCGAAUUCCUCUUCGGGAUGGUCUGCUGGUACCUAGGUAAGAGUGGUUAUUGGAGAGGGAGUUUGAUGGCGACACAAUUUGCUUUCUUGAUUGCCCUUUGCCUCGCCUUUUCAAUAUGGACGUGGUACUACAUGAGCAAGAGAUGGGGGCUGGAAAAAGAAGAAACUCAAGCUGCCGUUACUCGUUGCGGAUAA